AUGUCAGAUGCUCCUCGACCUGAUCUUCAACAACUUCGUUCACCACUCAAGGAUAGACGAUUGGAUUUACGCAAGUCACUAUUACUUGAUCAGCCAGAUGAUCAGGAUUCGGAGGAGGAGUUGGAAACAAAGAAUAGAAAAUACAGGUCAUCCGCACCAUUACUGGACGCAUACGGUGUGCCUCUCUCACCAGCUAAAGCAGCCGCAUCCCUUCGAUCCUCCACAGUACAACAACAAAAUACGGCUUUUAAUUUACCACAAAGUGAUUUAAAUCAAAAGAUCAGAGUCUGUGUCCGAAAGAGACCACUCAACAGAAAGGAACUGGAAAAAGGUGAUAAGGACGUUGCGCCUACGCUUGGCACCAGAAGCCUGCAGAUUAAUGAACCCAAACUGCGGCUCGAUUUAAGCAAAUAUACCGAACAACAUACCUUUACAUUUGACGAUGUCUUUGAUUCUAAUGUAUCCAACGCAGUCGUCUAUGAACGUACAGCACUUCCCUUAGUGAAUUAUAUCUUUAAAGGUGGAAAGGCCACUUGCUUUGCUUAUGGUCAAACAGGAUCUGGUAAAACUUACACCAUGCUGGAUCCACGAAGGGGUCUAUAUAUCUUGGCUGCACGUGAUAUCUUUUCGAUGCUCAACAGACCAGAAAAUCAACACCUUACUGCUUGGAUUGGAUUAUAUGAAAUAUACCAAGGUCAACUUUACGAUUUGCUUAAUAACCGCAAAAAGUUGUUUGCCAGAGAGGAUGGAAAGAAUAAUGUGAUCAUUUCUGGUCUAAAAGAAUACCCCAUUGACAAUGUAGAUAAAUUGAUUCAAGUAUUUGAUUAUGGCAAUAGUGUCCGUACCACAGGAUCCACCGGCGCCAAUGAUACCUCUUCACGAUCACAUGCUGUUCUUCAAAUCUUGCUAAAGCACAAAGAAAAUAGAAAAAAGAUUCAUGGAAAAUUAAGUUUUAUUGAUUUAGCUGGUUCCGAAAGAGGAGCUGAUCGAGGUGAAGCGGAUACAAAGACAAGAAUGGAGGGAGCAGAGAUCAACAAAAGUUUGUUAGCAUUAAAAGAAUGUAUUCGUGCCUUGGAUAAAGAUAAACGACACACACCCUUCAGACAGAGUAAGCUCACUCAAGUGUUGAAAGACUCAUUUGUUGGACAUUCUCGUACUUGUAUGGUCGCCACUAUAUCUCCAGGAGGAUCCAAUAGUGAACACACAUUAAACACUCUGAGAUACGCUGACAGGUAA